AUAAACUUCUUUAUGCUCUUCAGCCGGCAAGGCAAAGUGAGACUGCAAAAAUGGUAUACAUCCAUUCCACUUAAAGAGAGAAAGAAGAUUGCACGCGAUCUUAUACCUGUGAUUUUGAGCAGAAAACCCAAAAUGUGCUCUAUCCUCGACUGGCGGGAUCUGAAAAUCGUCUAUCGGAGGUAUGCUAGUCUGUACUUCUGUUGCGCCAUCGAACCCGAAGACAACGAACUAUUAACCUUUGAAAUUAUUCAUCGUUACGUGGAACUACUGGACCGAUAUUUUGGAAGUGUAUGUGAAUUGGAUAUCAUAUUUCACUUCGAGAAGGCCUACUUCGUACUCGAUGAACUACUACUUGCAGGUGAGCUGCAGGAAACCAGCAAAGAAGAGAUCGUUCGUGAUGUGGACGCUCAGGACAUCCUCCAAGAGGUUAGCAUUAUGUAUGUUCUAACCUAA